CCCGUCCGAGGAGUGCGCAUGCGCUGCAAGGGAAGCGGAAGUGAGCAUCAUGUCGGUGGAGGACCCGUUUUUCGUCGUGAAGGGGGAGGUGCAGAAGGCCCUCUCCCGUGCUCGGGGCCUGUACGACAGGUGGGAGGAGCUGCUGCAGGAGGGGACACAGGUGAGCCGGGACGAGCUGGACUGGAGCACCAACGAACUGAGGAACUGUCUGAGGGCCAUCGACUGGGACCUGGAGGACCUCAGCGAAACCAUCAGUAUCGUGGAAUCGAACCCGGGGAAGUUCAAACUCGGAGACAAUGAACUGCAGGAGCGGAGAGGCUUUGUGGAGCGAACCAGGAAAUCUGUCCAGGAGAUGAAGGACCAGCUGUCCAGCCCGUCUGCCGUGGCUCAGGCAGAGAAGAAGAACCGACAGGCUCUGCUGGCUUCCUCGGGUCAGGACAAGUCGACGGGACUGGAGGCUCAUCUGGUGUCGGCCAACUCCAGAUACAUGGAGGAGCAACAGGAGCAACAGCAGCUCAUCGUGCAGGAGCAGGACGAUCAGCUGGAGUUGGUGUCGGGCAGCAUCAGAGUCCUCAAAGACAUGUCAGGACGCAUUGGAGACGAGCUUGACGAGCAAUCUGUUAUGUUGGGGGAUUUCGGAGACGAGAUGGAUCAGACGUCGUCCCGCAUGGACUCGGUCCUGAAGAAGCUGGAGAAGGUGUCUCACAUGACCAGCAGUCGGAGGCAGUGGUGCGCCAUCGGCGUGCUGGUCGCCAUCAUGAUCGUGGUCCUCAUCCUGUUCUUCGCUCUCUGACGCCGGUGACCUCUGACGCCCUGGAUGGAUGGAUGGACAGAUACAGGAAGAGGGAGGCGUCUCUCCUCCUCCUCGUCCCUGGUGACCGGCAUAGACAAACCAGGAAGUAACGCUCCUCCCUCUGGUGAACGUCGGGGAGCAGAGCUCAGCGUGAGGGGAGGGAAACCCCGUUUUUUUGUUUUUCAUAUUGGUACAUAUGAAUUUCGGUUAUCGUUGAAAACAAACUAGUACUGAAUGUGAGGGGUCAGGGCAGGAAGCUGAGGCUGUCAGGAAGAAAGACAUUUUCAAAAAAAAGACCAAAAAAAGAUUGUUUUGUUGAAACAUCCGUGAAUGUCAAAAGAACCAUUUGGUUGUAGUUUUUUUUUAUUUCUGCUUUGAAACUACAAAAGAGUCUCGUUUGAUAUAUGAACCAUAAUAAUGAACCACAGUAGUUUGAGAUGAAGAAAACUACUAUGAUAAAGAUGAAGAGAUUUGAAAGUUCUUUACAGAAGGACAGGAAGUGGAAGACGAGACCGCUUCUCUUCCGCCCAUCAAACCUGGUUCUCAAAUAACAAAGAUAAAUAUUGAUUCAUCAACUGUUGAAUCAAUUUAAAUGUGUCUUUAGCCGCAGCACGGGAGGGGGGGGGGGUGUUUCAGUGUUGCCUUAAAUCUAUUUUUAUACGGUUAUGAAAUGACCAGUAUGUUUAUGUGCCUACAUGUCGACAGCAGCUGAUUUCACCGGCGAACGUCGCCUCUGGAAACAGCUGCUGUCGUGCGUUCAUGGUCAAAAGAAAAGACACGGCGCGAGGCCGCCGUUCCCCCGACUCUUGACUCCUGGACACAAAUGGUUCGCUGCCCCCCCGAUCGUGACCCGAUCGUGACCCCGUCCACACGAUUGGCCGAGGCUCCAUUUUACUCUCACCGGGCGAUGAGAGACGACAUCCUUGCCUGGGUUUUUUUUUGGGGGGGGGGGAGGGGGGAACGCCUUCGCUAAUAAGCAGAGGAGCAGUUGCCGGGCAGGAUGCCUACACACGCAGCCCAGACUCAGACCUACGGCUCCCUCUGCUGGAGGCCGUCGGCCAUAUUGUUCCUCUGUGUCACGUCAGGGUGCGUUGCAGUGCAGUGUAGAUAUACACCAUGAUGUUUUCAUCUGAUUACUACUAUUAUUAUGCAGACCCAAUCUUGUUUAUGUUGUUUGUUUUUUUAUCUUUAUUCAUGUGCUUGAUUUCAUCAGCUAGUCACAGAAAGAAAAAAUCUGAGAUUGUGAGAUUUUAUAUUUGUAUUUCCCUAGAAACGCUCACCUGUUUUUUUUAAAUCUCAGAGGUCAGAUGCAGGUGAGGUUCACAAUGAUUGUUUUAUUCCUUUCAGUAGUUUCAACUUGAACAAAAAAUGUAAUAAAUGAUCAUUUGUGACUUGA